AUGUUUGGGUUGAUUGCUACGCUUUCGCUUGUGGUGGUCGGAGCUCAUUCCGCCGUCUUUUCCGAUGAUUUCGCUUACAACAACAUGCUCCCUCUGGCUGCUGCAGCUUAUUCAGACCAUCCGGAUGCAUGCGUCAGAAAUCACUUUAACGGACAGAUCUACAGAUUUUACAAGGUGGACUGCAAAGGCCCUUGGAGCGGAACUGCAUCAGUCUCAUGUGCGGCAUAUACGGCCCUGCUACCCAGUAGGAAAGCAAUAGUGCUGAGUUUCAGAGGGACAAACACACCCAUGCAGCUUUUCAAGGAACUUGUUCAUUGUAGAUUGAGUCAAGAACCCAGGACAGGCGACGAGGAAUUUGCUGAUAGGUUUAAUAAAACGAUCGACUAUGCAUUCCGCGUCAUCCAUGCCAAUGAUGGGGUACCUCAUGUCCCACCCGAAAAGUUCGGAUACCGCCAUCAUAAACAGGAGAAUGGCAGAGACGACACUAAUCCGUCUAAUUUUCUCAUUUUUUCAGCAACAGGCUUGGAUCUUAGUAUCCGUGAUACCGUUGCCUCUUGGCGAACAAAACGAUUAAUAUGUAAGGCAUUCACACUAGUCGUUACACUUUGCCUUGCGGCUUCACUCAAUGCUGUCAGAUUAUUUGACUACAACUUCGUUAGGAAUCAAAUGUUCCCUCUGGCUGCCGCCGCCUAUUCGGAUGAGCCAAGGGGCUGCAUACUCAAUCGCUUCAAAGGCUAUAAUGGAACUCAUGGGAACUUGUUUUUUGACCAUAAUCUUGUUCAAUGCGAUGGUUUUGAGAAUGACUGCUAUGGAUUCCUAGCCACACUAACCGAACAGUCGGCGAUAGUUCUUAGUUUCAGAGGCACCAAUUAUCUAAGUCAACUCAAGAACGAAGUUGCCACCAGCGCUGCUGUGGUCCCCAUGGGGUUAGGUGAAGUGUCUUGGUACUUCUACAAUGCUUUCUCAAAAGUGUGGGGAAAUGACGCAAAAGGCGUAAAAGGUCUAGAACGUGCCUUCAAGGACCAGAUCGAACGACACCCUAAGUACGAAAUAUGGGUGACCGUCCUUUCGCUCGGAGGUGCCAUGGCGUCUCUGGCAGCGUAUCACAUCGCCAAAACUUAUAACAAGAUAUCUGAGCGGAUAAAUGAGCGGAUAAAGCUGGUAACAUUCGGAGAGCCAAGAACAGGCAAUGCUGCAUAUGCUGAAGACUUCAAUAAAAAGAUGUUUGGGUUGAUUGCUACGCUUUCGCUUGUGGUGGUCGGAGCUCAUUCCGCCGUCUUUUCCGAUGAUUUCGCUUACAACAACAUGCUCCCUCUGGCUGCUGCAGCUUAUUCAGACCAUCCGGAUGCAUGCGUCAGAAAUCACUUUAACGGACAGAUCUACAGAUUUUACAAGGUGGACUGCAAAGGCCCUUGGAGCGGAACUGCAUCAGUCUCAUGUGCGGCAUAUACGGCCCUGCUACCCAGUAGGAAAGCAAUAGUGCUGAGUUUCAGAGGGACAAACACACCCAUGCAGCUUUUCAAGGAACUUGUUCAUUGUAGAUUGAGUCAAGAACAACACUCAGAAUAUGAGAUUUGGAUAACUGGGCACUCACUGGGAGGUGCAUUGGCAUCUCUGGCGGCAUCUUAUUUAGUGGAGAAAAGAUUUGCACCGAGCUCAAAAAUAAAGUUAAUGACGUUCGGCCAGCCCAGGACAGGCGACGAGGAAUUUGCUGAUAGGUUUAAUAAAACGAUCGACUAUGCAUUCCGCGUCAUCCAUGCCAAUGAUGGGGUACCUCAUGUCCCACCCGAAAAGUUCGGAUACCGCCAUCAUAAACAGGAGGUUUACUACUCUGGGCAAGACAUGUUAGCAGGGAAAGGGAAAAUGUGCAACCCCGGUCAAUGCAGCGAUAAGAUUAACUGGCUUACCUACGAUUUCUCUAAUACCCAUAAGUGCUAUUAUGGAAAGGCAUUCACACUAGUCGUUACACUUUGCCUUGCGGCUUCACUCAAUGCUGUCAGAUUAUUUGACUACAACUUCGUUAGGAAUCAAAUGUUCCCUCUGGCUGCCGCCGCCUAUUCGGAUGAGCCAAGGGGCUGCAUACUCAAUCGCUUAGGCUAUAAUGGAACUCAUGGGAACUUGGUCCCCAUGGGGUCAGGUGAAGUGUCUUGGUACUUCUACAAUGCCUUCUCAAAUGUGUGGGGAAAUGACGCAAAAGGCGUAAAAGGUCUAGAACGUGCCUUCAAGAACCAGAUCGAACGACACCCUAAGUACGAAAUAUGGGUGACCGUCCAUCGCUCGGAGGUGCCAUGGCGUCUCUGGCAGCGUAUCACAUCGCCAAAACUUAUAACAAGAUAUCUGAGCGGAUAA